CUGACGCACAGUAAAUCAAACAGACCAGGAGACGAUUCAAAAUUCCAGUAAUUCACCGCGACCAGGUAAAUACCCGUUGUAGAUCAUAUCUUCCAAACGAGACGCCAUCUGGUCCAGAUUGGAGGUUGAAUUCUGGAAGUAAUAACCUAAACAAAAGAAGUUCUGUAACCUGAGUAGUAGAUUCACAAGAUGACAAGUCAUCAGUCUUAUAAAAGUUGCGGCCAAAGAUCUGCCUUCGUUUAAAUAUUCCAGGUCGACGCUCGCCCUUGGUGCCUCAGCCGCCGGAAAACCAUUUUUCUCGCUUCACACCAUUUUUCUCCCUUUUUUUAGUCAGCAUCAUGGCAGGAGCCAGAAAUUGGCAUUUCUGCUCACUAAUAUUAUUAAUCAUUGAGUACCAAAAUAGUAACAACAAAUAAAGAAGGGAAGGUGACAUGAUAUCGCUGAAAUCAUAGCUAGUAUGCUACAUCGAUUGCAACUGGAAUUGAAGUGAGGUGGCACAACAUAAAUCAAGCAAGAAAAAUAAAACACAGUUAACCAUGUGGUCAUAAAUUUCAACACAAGAUUUUACUAUUCUGUGAGUAAUUCAUCUAGGAGCAGUACUAUUCAGCGGCAGCAGGGCGUUGGGCGUGUACCCGGUCAAAGAGGGCUGCUUAUUUAAUUAGUCCUGUCGCUCACAAGGCUGAGAACCUCUGUAUUCAGCCAGCGCCACGAGUGUCUCCAGAGUUCAGGCCCCCAUCCUCACUCAAACCCUGGCUAUUCUUCCAAGCUACCAUCCAUGAUCCAUGGAUCCCUUCUUCCUCCUCCUCCUGUUCGUCCAAAUCCUACUCUGCAAGGCCGGCGACACCAUCAACUCCAUCACACCCUUGUCCGGGUCACAGAUGAUCGUGUCCCAGGGCAACAAGUUCACCGUGGGCUUCCACUCCCCAUCGCAGAGUAACACCACCUCUUCCACCUCCAGCAGUUACUACAUAGCCAUAUGGUACAGCAACAUACCACAGGUAACCACCGUGUGGAACACCGACGAGCCGGUGUCCAACCCGGCCACUGCCUCCUUGGAAAUCGCCCGCGACGGCAACCUUGUCCUCCUUGAUCAAGCCAAGAACCAGCUGCUAUGGUCGACCAAUGUAAGUAUAGUCUCCAACUCCACCAUGGCCACCAUCAGGGACAGCGGUAGCCUCGAGCUCAUCGAUGCCUCUGAUUCAUCGAUAGUUUAUUGGCGAAGCAUAGACCAUCCCACAAACACCUGGCUUCCGGGGGGCAAGCUCGGGCUGAACAAGACCACGGGUCUGAGUCAGAGGCUUCUUCCUUGGACGAACAAAGCAAACCCAUCUCCUGGGUUGUUCUCUCUGGAGCUAGACCCCAAUGGCACAAAACAGUACUUCGUCCAGUGGAAUGAAUCCAUAAACUAUUGGACCAGUGGCCCCUGGAACGGCAAAAUCUUCAGCCUUGUGCCAGAGAUGACGGCCGGUUACUAUUACAACUUCCAAUUCGUCGACAAUGCCACAGAAAGCUAUUUCUACUACUCGAUGAAGGAUAAUACAGUCAUCUCGCGGUUCAUCAUGGACGUGACCGGACAGAUCAAGCAGCUGACGUGGUUGGAUAACUCACAGCAGUGGAUCUUGUUCUGGUCACCGCCACAGAGGCAGUGUGAGGUGUAUGCACUCUGUGGGGCAUUCGGCAGCUGCAGUGAGGCUGCGCUGCCGUACUGCAACUGCAUCAAGGGAUUCAGCCAGAAUGUCCAGAGUGAUUGGGAUCUCGAGGAUUACAGGGGUGGGUGCAAGAGGAACAUACCAUUGCAGUGCCAGACCAACUCGAGCUCCGGGCAGACUAAGCCUGAUAAGUUCUAUCCCAUGGCAAGCGUGAGGCUACCUGACAAUGCUCAGAGGGCAGAGGGCGCCAGCUCGAAAGAAUGUGAGCAGGCUUGUCUGAAAAGCUGUUCAUGCGAUGCUUACACUUACAAUACCAGUGGCUGUUUUAUUUGGUCUGGGGACCUGGUGAACCUCCAAGAACAGUACAGUGGAAAUGGAGUUGGCAAACUCUUCCUCAGGCUUGCAGCGUCAGAGCUGCAAGACCCAAAAACGAAGAAGGUAGCAAUCGUUGGUGCAGUUGUUGGUGGAGUUGCUGCAAUUCUGAUAAUCCUUGCAAUUGUGUUUUUCUUCCUAUAUCAGAAGUUUCGCCGAGAAAGGACUCUUCGGAUAUCAAAGACUGCUGGCGGCACAUUGAUUGCUUUCAGGUACAGUGAUCUGCAGCAUGUCACCAAAAACUUCUCAGAGAAGCUGGGGGGAGGUGCCUUCGGCUCGGUGUUCAAAGGGAAGCUCCCAGAUUCAACUGCCAUUGCUGUGAAGAGGCUCGAUGGGUUUCAUCAAGGGGAGAAGCAAUUCCGUGCUGAGGUGAGCACGAUUGGGACAACCCAGCAUGUUAAUUUAGUCCGCCUUCUUGGGUUCUGUUCUGAAGGAUCAAGGAGGCUGCUUGUGUAUGAGUACAUGCAAAAAGGCUCCUUGGAAGUGCAACUCUUCCCUGGUGAGACAACUGCUUUGAGCUGGGCCGUUAGGUACCAAAUUGCACUUGGAACAGCAAGAGGCCUAAACUAUCUGCAUGAAAAAUGUAGGCAUUGCAUCAUACACUGUGAUGUCAAGCCAGAUAACAUUCUCUUGGAUGAUUCCUUUGUACCCAAAGUAUCCGACUUUGGUCUAGCAAAGCUCUUAGGCCGGGACUUCAGCCGUGUUUUAACGACGAUGAGAGGAACAAGGGGUUACCUUGCACCUGAAUGGAUCAGUGGCGUGCCCAUAACGGCGAAGGCAGAUGUAUUCAGCUAUGGCAUGAUGCUCCUUGAAAUCAUAUCAGGCAGGAGAAAUGCUGAUCAUGGAGAGGAGGGCAGGUCCACUUUCUUCCCAACCUUGGCUGCCAGCAAGCUCCAUGAAGGGGAUGUGCAGACAUUGUUGGACCCUAGGCUGAAAGGGGAUGCAAAUUCUGAGGAGCUCACAAGAGCUUGUAAGGUUGCUUGUUGGUGCAUCCAAGAUGAUGAAAGCACUAGACCCACAACGGGUCAGAUCGUCCAAAUCCUAGAGGGGUUUCUGGAUGUGAAUAUGCCUCCCAUUCCCAGGUCACUGAGAGCUCUUGGUGAAAGCCCUGAUGUCAUAAACUUCUUCUCAGAUCUGUCUUCAAGCCAGACUUCCCAGACACAAAACAGCACAACAACUUCUCAGACACACAGUGCUACUUCAGGCAGUUCACAUUUCCAUAGUUCUUAAUCGGGGAACCCUGCAAUUAUGAGGGCAAGGCUUUUAUAUAUAUGUUCGAAAAGUGCUAUGAAUAACUGAAGUUGUAUAUAUGUAGAAACUAGUACACUCAGCUUUUUAUGUCGUCCUUUGUAUCAAUUUAAACACUGUAGGCUCACAGCAGAAUUUCUGUUGCAUGCUAUCUUGCGGAAUGGAAACUACUUUAAUAUUUAGACAAAAACAAAUAACAUUUUUUCCA